AUGUACAAGUCGGUCGCCCUCUUUGUUGCUGCUCUCGCCGCUGUUGUGGUUGCCGACGACCGUGUCUCGGUCAAGGGCUAUACCGCUAAUGUUAAGGCCUCGGACAUGAGCUGCAAGUUCGGCAGCGGUGACAUCCUCAAGGCCUGCGGCAACUGCGCCAAGAGCAUUGCUGAGUGCGCCACUGCCCCGAACGCCUCUGCCGCUACCACGGUGUGCAUCAAGGACAUUUCCAGCUUCGCCAAUGACUGCGGUGGCUGCGCUGUCGACAUUCUUGAGUGCCUGUAA